UCAGUCAAUGUUCUAAACACUAAACUAUGGAAAAUGAAGACUGACACAAUGCUUCUAAAAGAGACUUUUAGGUUUUAACAGAAACAUCGUAUACUCGAGCUGUAGACUGGUGGGGUCUAGGUGUAUUGAUUUUUGAAAUGUUGGUAGGAGAGUCUCCAUUCCCUGGUGACGACGAAGAAGAAGUUUUCGAUAGCAUUGUUAAUGAUGAAGUUAGGUACCCAAGAUUUCUUUCCAACGAGGCGAUUGCCUUAAUGCGACGGCUAUUGCGAAAGAACCCAGACAGGCGACUAGGUUCCAGCCCCCGUGAUGCAGAAGAUAUUAAAAAGCAACCUUUCUUUAGGGACUUGCGGUGGGACGAUCUGUUAAACAGACGUGUUAAACCCCCGUUCAAACCAAAAGUGAAACAUGCAGAGGAUGUUAGCAAUUUCGAUGAAGAAUUUACUUCUGAAGACCCUGUUUUAACCCCCGCUAAGGAGAAAAAACGAAUAACCGAUUCAGAACAAGCACUGUUUUCAGAGUUCAACUACACGGCCGACUGGUGCUAGUGUGAUACCUAGUGUUGCACUGGUAAGCGACCAUUGAAAGCAGAAACUAUUGAAAACAGAACUUGUCUUGGCCCUGUCGUCUGGCCCUGUCGUCUGGCCAUGUGGUCUGGCCCUGUCGUCUGGCCAUGUCGUCUAGCCCUGUCGUCUGGCCCUGUCGUUUUGCCCUGUCAUCUGGCCCUGUCGUCUGGCCCUGUUGUCUCCAUUAUGCUGAAGCCUGGAACAUGGUGAUGGCAAGCUGCUCAGAUAAGCUGCUGUUCGUACAUCAGCCUGUAUUUAACAAACAGAAUGAAAUUAUUUACCAAAAUUGUCUGUUCGCAGAUUAUCCAAAUUUGAUAGUCGGCUAGUUCAGUGAAGUUUUUACGCCUUUUCGCCCUUGUGUAAUCCACUCACUUUUCUAAGUGUAACUGUAAAUUCCUGCCUGUUUAAUAUUUGACAUACGUAUCAUCCGCCUUCACCGCUUUCUUUAUCUUUCCAACCUUUAACUAGUGAUGAAAUUCAUCCAUAAUUUAUCUUAAUUUUUCAUGAUUUUUUAACUGAGUAAAUUUUUUUUGAAUCAGCAAGUUCUAGGUUUAUAAUAAAUUCGGCUUGAUAUUUUAGCAGUUGGAACAAAUGAUGUUGUGAAAGCUCUAAUUGUCAUUUUCGAAUUUCUGCGAGUUAAUAUCAGUGGAUGGAAGCCUUUUGCACUAUUUCAUAGAAACUUAUUUUGUCUAUAAGAGUAACAACUGUACAGGUUUUCGUUGACCAAAAACGAUUUCAUAGGACGACUGUUGCAAUUAGCAAAGACCCUAUUUUGAAUUUGGUGUUUAUAAUGAUAAUUGUUAACAAUGUAUGAAUGUAGAUGCCUUGCCUGUUUUAUACUUGUAUGUUCAUUGUAAGUUCCUAAUUCGAAGGAAAAAGACCUCGUCUAUUCA